AAAAAAGAAAAGAGGAGUUGGCAGAUGGUUUAUGGUUUAUAUUUAACCUUAUCAAGAACACACAGCUGGCAUUUUUACAUGGAAGAAAAUUAGGACGACAACAAUGGUCCUCUCUCCGUCCAAAAUACAUACACAUACUCUCAGUUUCUUCAUUACUUUCUUGGGUUUUCGCUUUUAUUGCAAGCAGUUUUUCGGAUCCGAUUUUUAUACCUUCAACAGUUAACACAUUCAUUCACUGUUUCUGUUGUUUUACUUUCUGAUUACUGUUUUUGUUUCUGUUUUUUCAAGCACAAUUUCAGAUAUCCUCAGAUCUGGGUAACAAAUCUAUUCUUGUUGGACUUUCUUUUCUGCUUGUGUGGACAUUCUUGUGAUUUCUUAUCCCUUUUUGUCUUCAUCAUCUAUUUCUUUUUCAUGACCCCUCUUUUUCUUUCUUUCUAUCACUUGUUUUCUUUAUCCUGUUAUAAAUUUCUUAGCCUUUUCCUUUCUGGGUAGUUGAAAUUUUCUGGAUCACAAGCUUACAAAUUUUCUGUGUGUGUGUGUGUGUGUGAUUCUUACAGAAAGUGAAAAAUUUGCCAUGUUUUUGCCUCUUCAAUAUAUUGGGUGAAAAAUUAGGCUAAAGCAUGGGACUCUCAUUGUAAUAGUUAGAUUUGGGUGCUUACUUAUUGCUUCUUCACUGCUCAACUUGUAUUUGGUUGUUGAUUGUUGUAUUAAGUGAUAAAAUUGGUUAGGUUGAAUUUCCUAAAAUUAGAAUCUAGGAUUGAAUUUUUGUGUAUUGAUUUGAGUACCCAGUUACCCAGUUUUGCAUUUGAAUGUUUGUAGCUUCUGGGUUUGGUCAACUUUCAUAAUUCUUGAAGAUACAAUCUGAUAGAGAGAAAGAAAGAGGGUAGCAAUCAAGCAAUCAAGUUAGAUUGAUCACUAUGGGAGAAUGGGAAUCAUUCGAUGAAAUAGCUCAGGAAACGAGUUUACGCUUGUUUGUAAUGGGUUUAGUAUUCAUUAGUGAAGUGAAAGUACAUAUAGAUACUAGCAGAUCAUCAGGCUAAAAGUAGAGUCAAUUUUUAGUUUUUCUUUACAAGAUUAUUACACUGAUGAAGCCCGAGGAUUCGUCUUUAACUGGUGGAGAAGAUGGAUCUUAUUGUGAAUCUCCUGUAGGGAAAAUGUUAGAUGAAAGUCCAGUUGUAGAAUUGGAAGUCAUGAAGGAACCCUUGUCUGUAAAAGAGAAUAAUAAGGGACCUGAUUCUUCUAAAGAUUUGACUGAUAAUCAUAGUUGUUGUGCUUCUAGCGAAAAUUUCGACCAUGAAAGUGGUGAAGAAGGGUUAUUUUCGAGUUCCCAGUCUGUGAUUAGUGAGAUAAGUAGCAUUAAUGGUGAGGUAUUCUUGGCAUCUGAGCCUAAUUCGGUGCCCGAUUCACCCGCUUCAGUGGACCUUGAUAAGAGUGUUGAUACUAGCAAGUUAGAAUUAAGUGCUGGAUUGGAGGCUAUUAGGGAUGUAUUGGCCCUGGCUGAGGAUCUUGAUGUAGAGGGUAGUGAAGGGCGCGAUUCAUCCUUGUUGGGUGGUGAUGAAGUAAAUAAUGAAAAGAUAGUUAGAACAAUGAGCAGUCAGUGUGCUUUCGAUAGGGAAUUCGUGCCUCUUUGGGGCGUUCAAUCGAUCUGUGGUAGAAGGCCAGAGAUGGAAGAUGCUCUUGCAGCUGUUCCUUGUUUUAGGAGACUUCCUGCCAAAUUGUUGAUGGGUGAAAAGCUAUUGAAUGGAAUAACUGAAAAUUUAACCCAGGUUGUGCACUUUUAUGGUGUGUAUGAUGGACAUGGAGGUUGUCAGGUUGCAAAUUAUUGCCGUGAUCGCUUGCAUCUAGCAUUGGCCGAGGAAAUUGAAGUUUUAAAAGAGAGCUUUCUUAGUGGAAGAUCUGAGGAGACGUUACAACUGCAAUGGGAGAAGGCUUUCUCGCGUUGUUUUCUGAAAGUCGAUGCCGAGAUUGGGGGAGUCAAGCAAGGACCUUCCGGGGGAAGCAGCAAUACAUCUGAGGCUAGUGCAGAACCGGUUGCCCCCGAAACUGUUGGGUCAACUGCUGUUGUAGCCCUUGUCUGCCCAACCCAGAUCAUUGUAGCUAAUUGUGGUGAUUCGAGGGCUGUUCUUUGUCGAGGGAAAGCACCCAUGCCGUUGUCUGUAGACCAUAAACCUGAUCGAAAAGAUGAAUGGGAUAGGAUAGAAGCUGCUGAUGGCAAAGUCAUACAGUGGAAUGGAUAUCGUGUUUUUGGUGUUCUUGCUAUGUCGAGAUCAAUUGGUGAUCGUUAUUUGAAACCAUGGAUUAUACCAGACCCAGAAGUGACAAUCGUUCAGCGGGCAAAAGACGACGAUUGUCUUAUACUUGCCAGUGACGGUUUAUGGGACGUAUUGAGCAACGAAGAAGCGUGUGACGCAGCACGAAGGAGAAUUCUUCUAUGGCAUAAAAAGAACGGCGCUAACAUCACACCGGACAGAGGCAACAGUGUCGAUUUAGCCGCUCAAGCAGCUGCAGAUUACCUCUCAAAGCUUGCUCUCCAAAAGGGAAGUAAAGACAACAUUACUGUCAUUGUGGUUGACUUGAAGCCUCAUAGGAAGUUAAAAACCAAAACAUGAAAGGUAAAAAAUGUUCCUCAUUUUGGCAAAAUGUCAAUUCUUUUUUUCUUUUUUUUUUCUUUUUUUUUGACAUGUAGUUAUAUGAGGUAGAAAAUAUAUGUCAGCAGCAUUACAUUACAUAAUGAUGGAUUGUAACAUAUAUUUUUAUGCCCAUCUUUUAAAAAUGGGCUGAUUGUAGCUGAAGAACAUGUAUAGUAUAUUUCAGGACCAACCAGAGUAUGGGAUUGUGUUGGCAUAAGUUCUAACUAAAACAUUUCAUAAUCAUUUUAGUAUUAGACUAUAUGUUCGAUGCAAAUGUCGAGAAUACGAGUGUUUGUGGUCAUUAUUGUGCGUAUCAGGGAGUGGGAUGGCAUCUUGUUUAUGUGCGGGAUAUUUAGUCCCGAAUAUAGCAGACCGAGUUAUGUAUAGGGCACCUUGCUGUGUCUUCCAAGUCGUCUUUGUGGAUUUCGUGACACGUCUUCCUUUUUCCCUGCGUUGCUGCAUCUUCAUUCAGUUGCUGCUGCUUCUUUUUCCGUCUCUGAUCUAGCGUCUGCAAAUUUUUGCCCUUCAAUGUUGCUGAUGUUCUUGCUAACUGCUAAAUUAUGUUUCCUUGUGUAUGUUAAUACUUUUAUACUGUUCUUAAUGCAAAAGUCUAUUAUAUAUGUUUAUUCUCUGUUCAUAAAUGUUUUUAUUAGGAAUGUUUACAGGAAUUAUGAAAGAUAAAAUUUUGGUGAUUGAAGUAAUGAUAAGGUAGAUGGUGAAAAUAUUGUAAGGGAUCACAUAAAUAAAUUAAAAUGAAAAAGAUAAAAUAGAUAUUUUAUACUUCGUAGUUUAAUUAAGCGUUUAAGACCUAAAGAAUAAAAUAUUCAUCAAGUCUUGUAAGAGACCGUGGUCUCACGUAAGACGGCAAAUAAGAAGUUUAUUUUGGAAUAGGAGUAGUUAUAUACUUAUAUGGUUACAAGAUUGACUAAAAUUACAUUUGAUCUAUCGAAAAUUGAUGGUCUAUGGUAUCCAAAUGAAUCAAAGAUCAAAAUAAUGGAUCAAAUAAUAGUUGAUUGGUUUUUGCUUGAAUAGGUGGGCAUGUGGGGGAUUUUAGAAAGUCUUGUGGGCGAUACACUUGAGUAA